AUGAACAAUAAAACAUCGAAAACAGAGGGUAUCCCGACUUCUGCGUUCAAUAUCGUCUCUGCCAACAAAGAAAGGGAUCUAUACCUGACUCAAAUACGAUAUUUGAACGAAGAAUUGGAGAGGUUUCAGCUCCGAUGCAACGACCUGGAGGCUAAGAACAAAGACUUAUCCUGUCGCUACGGCUCUCUGGAAAAGCGAAUUCUUGUUUAUGAAUCCGUGUUUCAGCUCCGAUGUGACGACCUGGAGGCUAAGAACAAAGACUUAUCCUGUCGCUACGGCUCUCUGGAGCAGGAGAAGAGGGACGUGUCCGGAUACCUGAAGCACGAGCUGUCGGAGAGCGAGCGGCAGGUGGAGGAUCUGCGCCGCCGUCUAAACGGCGAGCAGAAGGAGGCCAACCGGGAACAAAGCGCCCUGAAAAUGGAGCACGCCCGGGAGAGGGAGGAGCUCCAGGCACGCAUCAAAGAGCUGAUGCAGGAAAACUCAGAUAUCCGUGAGGAUUUACAGGGUUUAUCUCAUAGUUACAGCACGAGGAGGAUAGUUUACUCCCAAAGUCCCAUCGAACCGGGAAACCUCAGGAGACCCCAAAAUGUGGCUCUGAGGAGGCAGCAGGCUCAGGAGGAGGAGCUUGGGAUUUGUAGUCCGGUGGCUUUGGCCGGUCCCGAGGUGACCGUAAAGAACGAGUCCGGGGCCGACUGCCUUUUCUCUGUGGAGGGAAGAUCCAGUACCCCAAACAGCAUCUCCACCUCUUCUUUAGCUGUCACAGGGACCCGCUCGGCCCCGUCCUGCAGCCCGUCGGCGGCGGGUCGGGCUCACGCCGAGGGCUCCGACCUGCUGCUGGAAACUUCCUACUACAACUUCUACCAGCCCUCGCGCUACCCGGCCUACUACGGGAACCUGUACAACUACCAGCAGUACCAGAUGCCUCACGCUGAUGCCCGACUCUCGACCCAUAACGUGUCCUCCCAGUACCGGAUGCACUCCUACUACCCCGGGGCCUCCUACAUGGCUCAGGGUCUGGGUUCGGCCGCCUGCGUGCCGCCGCUCUUCAGCCUGGACGACAACACCGGCUGCUCCGAGGCCAUGACCGCCUGCCCAUAA